GUGUGGCUGAGCAAGCGGACCAUUAACAUUAGCUUCAGAGUUUUUUAGGUAGAGAGAAAGAAAGCAUGGCAGCAGCCUUAAUCAUACCGUGCAAUUCGAACAUAAUUCAGGCUUCAUAUUCCACAUUGUUUGGCGUUCGGAGGAGGAUACUGAAUAAACCCACAGGAAAAGUUAAUGUAAGCACCCGCAAAUUCUGUAAAAGGUUGACGGUGUUCGCCGCAACUGAAGGUUCUGCAGACUCGAGCAAAUCCGAAGAGAACAUACCAACUUGGGCUAAACCUGACUCCGAUGAGCCGCCUCCCUGGGCUCGGGAUGAAGGCAGUGGUAACUCAGCCGAGCAGACAGUCGAGAUUCCCUUUUUUGUUUAUUUACUUGCCUCAGCAAUCACUGCGAUUGCAGCAAUAGGUUCUGUGUUUGAGUAUGCCAAUCAGAAUCCUGUUUUUGGAAUUUUGAAGUCGGACAGCAUCUUUUAUGCUCCAUUGCUGGGAUUCUUUGCAUUUACAGGAAUUCCUACUUCUGCAUUUUUGUGGUUCAAAUCCGUUCAAGUUGCUAACAAAGAAGCUGAAGAACAAGACAAGAGAGAUGGAUAUCUUUGAUCUCGAAAUUUCCAUCAAGUAUUAUUCUUCCUUAGAGCAUGAGUACCUUUCCUCAAAUUCUGCUACUAUUACGUAUACUCAUGGCAUAGAAUUGUGGAUAUAACAGCUGGCUAAAAGAACUGUUUGUAUCACACUCGGAAUCGAACAAUGAGAUAUGUCUUGCUUAAUUUCCUGAGAAUUUUGACCUGUUUCUCUGCUGUGUGUUGCGGGUAAAAGAACACUGUGCAAAAUCACUUGGCUCUGGUUCCAUGCAAUACAAUGAUAUUUCAACGGGUUGUAUAUUUCACUGUAAAGUAUUUGACAGAAGGGAUGUGGUCUUUUACAAUUUCUUCAUAACACUGCAUACUGAAUUGUAAUUUUUAGUGAAUCCAAUUAUCACAUAUAAAAAUCUCGUCCCAGUUUUUCAUUUUCA